GAGAUGCUUUGACUCAUCCGAUAUGAUAAUUCGCAAAACCAAAGACUAGAUCAAGAGAAGUCACAUACAUCAUCGAUUGUUUGAUAUGCUUUCUCCCUAGUGAGUCCGGUCUCGUGACUAUUGGACCACUAAAAUCUACUAUCACUUAGUAGCACUACUUUCGAGUCAACAAAGCUCGCAAAUAGUUGCAGAGUCAGCAGAGAGUGCGAUAAUCGGAUUUACACAAUAACAGUAAGGUUCGCUUACAUAUCCUCGGCAGAGAGAGGACCAAUACUUUGUUUCCCACAACCAAACCUUGAUCACUUCAGUCGCGGUAAAAGACAUCAUAUCUUUGUACAUACGUGUCAGGAUGGAAUCCAAAAUCCCAAGACAAGAUCACGACGAUGAACCGGCUCCUCCAUCAUACAUGGACGCUCUGUCAUCGUCGUCGGUGUCUCCGGCAGUAUCAAAGACUUCGGGAUCUUCCACUUUCCCAUCUACGUCUACCUCCUACGGUACCCAAAUUCAAACCCAGCUGAACCACCUUAGAACUCAAUUCAGCUCCCUCCAGACCCAAAAAUCUCUUCUCGAGUACGCGCAAGAAGAGAAAAUCCUCUCUCUCCUUACAACCCAAAUUCAAAUUUAUUUAUCCGAAUUCGCGAACACAGGUCUGAGAAAAGGAACAUUGCUGUUGCUCCCAGCACACUGUCUUCAAAACGAAAAGGCACAACCACUUGAUUUUGAUAGGGAAAAUCCCGGAUAUGACGUGUUUGUGGAGAUAGGAGAUAAGGAGAGUCUUAAUGGUGGAUCAUGGUUCUGGGAAAAUGAAGACAUGGCGAAACGACUAGCAGAGGCUUUAAAGCCUCGUCCGGAGCUACUUUCCAGACAAGCCGUUGCGAAAAUAGAUUCAAAAAAAGUCGCUCCGAGUUCAACAGGAAAUAUUAGCAGAUUCUGGAGUAGGAAGUCGAGUUCGAAGAGCGAGGAAAAGCCUGUGUUGGUCGAGGAUGUGAAAGUUAGUUCAACUAUUCAGGAGCCGAGAGACAAGGUACAUAUGAAAGUGGAUGCAGAAGAAGUUGUGUUUGAGUAUGAAAAUAGUUUCGGCCUGUUGGAAACCCAACGAGGAUAUGGUAUUAUACUUCAUUUCACAAUUAUCACUACCAAGGAGUAGUUAACAAUUCAUAACAGAAAUAUUUAGGGAUACUCUUCUUCAAUCCCCGUUGAAACCACGAUUUGAAUAACCUAUAACA